AUGGCAUCCUCCUCUCAGGUGUUGGAGUCAAUGGCCUCGCAGCUCUCCGCAGUAGCUGCUGGCCUGGAAGCCCUGCGUGUUCAAGGAGCAGAGCAAAGCGCAGCCAACGAUAAGAAUGCCGAGGUGAUCGCUUCGCUGCAGCAACGCAUCUCACAGCACGAUGCUUUGCUCACAGGAGAUGGCCCUUCAGUGUUGUCAACGGCGGCACCCGUGGCUCGCCCUCAGGAAUGGGAGGUGCAACUGCCACUUGGCACGGCAUCCUCACAGCCAGUCACACGGGCAGAGUGUGCCGCCAUGAUCACUGAAGCCCUGCAGCAGAAAGUUGGGCCAGCCCUCCAGACGGCCUUCUCACAGGUCGGUGCCGAGCUUGUCAACCACGCGGCUCUCAAGGAAAAUGGCCUUGCCUUCUUGGAGUGGGACCUGACCACGACCACCAUGGAGGGCAACGACGGCAAGAAAUUCCUGGCCCCGAUCUCCAUCCUCACAGUCCCGACCUAUGCCGCCAGAAAGAAGGUCAUGGACGCAUGCUCCAGGGCAGUGGUGAGAUAUUGGCAUGAGAUAAAGGAGGAAGAGAAGCCAGCCGCGGCAGCCCAGGAGGAAGCCGGCCAGACACAGAAGUCGGCAACACCCGGGUCGGCUAGCACAGAUCCUCCCACAGCUCCCACCGCCACAGCCACCGCCGAAGACGAUGAGAAGAUGGGUGAGGACUCACAGACCUCACAGAAGGCCCCACCUAAAAAGUGGGAGAUGAGGACGUGGAACUGGAACCUCCCGAUCAAGAUGGCGCCGGGCAUCACCCAGUUCGAAAGAAGGUUGGGAGCUCCAAUGCACGGCCUGAUGAAUGCCUACCAGAAGCUGUUUGCUCGCUUCAAGAAGGAGACCCUCACACCACGCUGGAAGACCCUUAUCCUGGAGGAUAAGGAAGGUGCAUGGUUGGGUCGCAUCCUUUACAGCCGCAAAGCUCACAGCCUCACAGGCACGACGGGCACGGUCGCCGAUUGGGCCUGCGAAGUCCAGCUCCCGGCCGAGCACAAAGACCGCAUCCUCACAGCCUGGAGGGAUGUUUGGUAUGAUCAGCUCAAGCAGCAGAUCUCGCAGACGGAAGUGGAAAAGGAAGCAUACUCCACAGCGGCCCAAAGAACCUCACAGGAGUACUCCGCGGCAGCCCGGCUCAACAGGUUCUUGACCAAAGCAGUGCCGGCCUACACGGAGGGCGAGGAGCAGGGCAUCGAGAACUGGGUGGCACGCUUCAAGUUUGAGUACCCAUGGGAGCUCACCUUUGUUGGCCUCUCACAGGACCACCCAGACCGCCAGUUCUUUCAGGACCUGCGCCCCGUCGACGAGCUCAUGGAGGAGAUGGCGGCAGACAAGGCCAUGGAGACGGAGGUUGCAGCCGGCGAAUCUUUGGUGGCUUUUGCCUCACAGGGCCUCUCACAGGGCCAAAAGAGGCAGCACUCCUCAGGAACGGAAGGCACCUUCGACAGCAUGGAGCCGAGUGGGGAGCCGGACACCACCAAGGAGCCCUACUACCCGUUCGACUCACAGGAAGAGUUGGACAGUGAAGUGGAGAAUGAGAAGAUCAGCCAGAUCAACCAGGGCUACGAUAUCUCGAAGUACUCCACAGAGCAGUGGGUGGAUUGGGUCAAGGGCAAGAAGUUGCGACACUUGGGUGCUGCAGCGGCCUCAGAUGUCCUCACAGGCCGCCCUCGCCCAAGGCUUUCGGCUUGA